UCCCCUCCUCUUCCAGGACCACACUGACAGUCCCAAGGGAAACAGGAGAGACGGAGGGGGCAGGAUCCUGCAGCUCACGCUCAGCAAAUUUCACCACAAAGCUCCACGAGCCCAAGAAGAGGAGCUGCCACUUAGGACACUGACUCCUGUGCAAAGGAUCUAUUAGUACAACAUAUAAUAUAUGAACACGUACGAAUAUUUUCCCCUCCUAGAGAAAGAAGGAGCGAUAGAGAAAAGCGACUGGGAUCUCCAGAGUGCUACAGCAAUUUAUUUAUUUAUUUUUUUGGUAAUCAAUACCAUUAAAUAUCCCCAGGUCUUUCUGCUGGAUCGUAACUCAGCUGACCAGUUUGCAGCAUGCAUACUUCACCUGCGGGGAAGCCAGGCAGCGGGCUGCAGCCCGAGGCGCAGUGAUACCCCUGGUCUGAUGCCAUUUCGGAUGUCCCAGUGAGAACUCUUAGAGAUGCCUAUUCUCUCUGGAGGCAGCGACCAAGACUAUAGUAACAUUAGCUACGCGUCUUGUAAUUCCUUGAGCCAUUUCUUUCCUGUCUCCGUUGAAACUCCUUCUGUCAAAGGGGUCCACUACCAAAGAGCCAGGAGGAUUUACCACCCUGAUCAAGCCUCUGCAAUCGAUCUAAAGACAGAAAUUAUGAUAAAUGUUGGAGGCAUCAAGUACCUGCUACCUUGGAGUACUUUAGAUGAAUUUCCCCUGACCAGACUGAGCAAACUUAAGUUUUGCAGCAGCUACGAAGAAAUUAUUCAGCUGUGUGAUGAUUACGAUGAAGACACCCAUGAGUUCUUCUUUGACAGGAACCCCAAUGCUUUCGGGAUGAUUGUAGCUUUCCAGCAGCAGCGAAGAUACUGGGGGAUUGAGGAAUCCAACCUGGAGAACUGCUGCUUUCGAAAACUAUUUCAGAAACUGCAGGAGCUGGCUGAGGUACGGAAAGAAGAGGAGCUCCGGAGGAGCAAAGAAGCAGCGUGUGUCCUGGAUGAGAAGACCAAAUUUGGACAGUUUAUGAACAGGCUCAGAGAUAUGGUAGAAAAUCCUCAGUCGGGACUCCCAGGCAAAGUCUUUGCUUGUCUGUCCAUCCUCUUUGUGGCCACCACAGCUAUAAGCCUUUGCGUGAGCACAAUGCCAGAUUUAAGAGCCGAAGAAGACAGGGGUGAGUGUUCCCAGAAGUGCUAUUACAUCUUCGUCAUAGAGACCAUCUGUGUGGCUUGGUUUUCUCUGGAGUUCUGCCUCCGAUUCAUUCAAGCAAGGAGCAAGUGUCAGUUCUUCAAAGGGCCCCUAAACAUCAUUGAUUUCUUGGCUAUUUCACCCUAUUAUGUUUCCCUCAUCUUGGCAGAGGAUGACUCGAGUGAAACGGAUGACAGGCCAAGCAGCAACACUUAUUUGGAGAAGGUUGGGUUGGUGCUACGUGUUUUACGUGCCUUGAGGAUCUUGUAUGUCAUGCGCCUUGCCCGGCACUCCUUGGGCUUGCAGACCUUGGGCCUCACUGUUCGAAGGUGCACGCGAGAAUUCGGCCUGCUUUUACUCUUCUUAUGUGUGGCUGUCACUCUGUUUUCUCCUUUGGUCUAUCUUGCUGAGAAUGAAUCCGGCAAGGUGCUUGAAUUCACCAGCAUACCUGCCUCCUACUGGUGGGCUAUCAUCUCCAUGACCACUGUGGGGUACGGAGACAUGGUGCCACGGAGCGUCCCAGGCCAGAUGGUGGCUCUGAGCAGCAUCCUCAGUGGCAUUCUCAUCAUGUCCUUUCCUGCAACAUCGAUAUUCCACACUUUCUCCCAUUCCUACUCGGAGCUGAGGAAGGAACACGAACGACUGCAGUCUCGGCUGAACAGAGUUAAAAAUGCCAAUCACUCCGGUGAAAGUGACACCUUCAAUGAGACAGACAGCUUGAUCCUGGAGGAGCCAGCAUCACCCAUCAAAUACAUUUACACAGGGAACUAAGCCUCGCUCUGCAACACUCCCAAGAAUAGGAUACAGAUGUAUGUCAACAUAACACACAAAGCAAAGCAACAAAAUACGUUACGCCGCUAUUUUUCUCUGCCAGGAUAGGUGCAGCAAAGCAGCACAAGCCAAUGCAGCUGGCUCCAGCACAUCACUACGGAGGUGGAGGGUUGAGAAUGUCAAAAGUCAAAAGUUUAUUCAGUAAUAAAUAUUCAUUAUUCGACAGGACUAAUGAUAAGAUUCAGCUUUGUCUCUGCCAGUUAAUAUCUUGCUGAAUACCUAAUACUGAAUGCAGAGCAAACUAAACAGCUUCUGUUGGCACAAAAGCACUUGCUAUUUUAUUUGCCUUUGAGUUUCCAACGUUCUUUGCAACACCUUGAGCCAAGCAUUAGGAAGGAUUUUUUCAGGGUUACACACCUGUGCUAUUUAUACAAUGCUCAUCACCCAGGCACACAGAGUUCUAUAUCUGAAUCAGAGUUCUGUAUCUGAAGCCACUAACAAGCUAAAAUAGAAGCACUGUAUGUGAAAAGCAUUACAAGUUUGCCUGUAGUCAGAUGACCUGUCUCUACACAACAAAUUGCACUGCUGUUGUGAGAUACAUCAUGUUUGCAAGAGAAUUUGCUUGGAAUGCAGUUGCAGUCUGAGAACUGUAAACAUUUCAUACUAGACAGGAGAACUUUUCAAACUUUUUUCAUAUACUUAUUUAAAAAAAUAAUAAAAAAAUCUUACUGAAGACGUGA